AUGCGGAAAAGUCAAAAUCUCAAGGGUAAUUCCACUUCUGAGGAUACAGAAACAGAACUUCAAGACGAUUCUAGUUUUUUUUCAGUAGAAGAGUUGAACAGAAGGUUGAAUGCACCUUAUGCGUUAGCUGGUUCUGACCCUAAAAAAUCUCCUAUUUUACUUGAUUCCAGUAGUCCGAAUGAACCCAAGUCUUCUCCUAAUGCUACAAAAACCAAUUUGGUACCAAAAACAGCUGGUGCUUCCAGGCCGUCGAGCAGAGCUACUUCCCCAAACAAUAUCAAACGGGUGUCAGAUUUUAGUUUCGGUGAGAUUAUAGGAGAGGGCUCAUAUAGUACCGUACUGUCAGCUACAGAGAUUAGUACAAAGCGAGAGUAUGCCAUCAAGGUGCUAGACAAACGACAUAUUAUAAAGGAAAAGAAGGUAAAGUAUGUUAACAUAGAAAAAGAAGCCUUGUAUCUUAUAUCAAAACAUCCUGGAUUUAUUCGUCUCUUUUACACCUUUCAAGACGCUCAAAAUCUGUAUUUUGUCUUUAGUUUGGCGAGAAAUGGCGAACUUUUGGAUUAUAUUAAUAAGCUUGGAAGAUUUAAUGAGGCAUGUGUUCAAUAUUAUGGUGCGCUACUCUUGGACUCUAUCGAUUUUAUGCAUACGCAAGGGGUCAUUCAUCGUGACCUAAAGCCCGAGAACAUUCUCCUGGAUGACAAUAUGAGAACCAAAAUCAUUGACUUCGGUUCAGCAAAAAUCCAAAAGGUUACUGGAAAGACUGAAUCACUUCCAGACGAUUUCCCGGUGAAUAAUAAUCACUCUAGGUCUUUCGUUGGAACUGCUCGUUACGUCUCUCCAGAAGUAUUGAACGAUAAAAAUGCAAGUACGGCUUCAGAUGUAUGGGCUUUUGGUUGCAUUCUGUUUCAAAUGCUAACAGGAAAACCGCCAUUUGUGGCAGGAAAUGAGUACCUUGUCUUUCAAAAAAUAUUACAUUUAAGCUAUGAAAUUCCCGUCGAUGUCUCUGAUACGGCUUCCGAUUUAAUGAAGAAAAUUUUAAUCUUACACCCGAGCGAGCGAUUAACAACGGAAGAAAUCCGUAAUCAUCCGUUCUUUUCCGCAGUUCGAUUUGAUAAAAGUCUUUGGGAAAUUGCUCCUCCUCGUCUCAAGCCUGCUGGGCAUACAAGCACGCUUAGUCUAUCCGUUCCUAAUUUCGUUCCCAAAUCAACUGGAGACAUAAAUGAACAAGCUCGUCCUUCUACCCUAUCUGUUUCUUCCGCCUAUCCUACCCCAAACACACCUGUAAACACCACAUUUUCCUUACCUAGUCCGCCUGAAUAUGAAGAAAUGAAUAAGCGUUGGCAUAGCGUGCUUCUGGAAGAUGAGAAAGUCUCCAAAAUUACUAUUUUAAAUGUCUCAAGUUUUCCGGGGAGUGGGUCCCAUGAAGCUGUGCGAUUCUUUUCCUCACUUUUUCGAAAGAAAAAGCCUCGCACGUUUAUUUUAACGACCUUUGGAAGAUGCCUUUUGGUUUCAAUGAAUAGCGGAGGCAGGGCUACGAUAAAAGAAGAGCUUCCUGUAAAAAGUGUUGGAUUAAGAGUCCAUAGUGUUAAAAACUCUGACCACACAUGGAUUAUGGAGACUCCUACAAGGUCUUGGUCAUUCGAGGAUCCUCGUGAACCGGCGUCGACAUGGAUAGAGUUAAUUAACAGAGCAACGUCAAUCACUACCGCUUUCGAAAAUCAUUCUGUUACGAGUUUUUGCAGAAGUAUUGCGAGAAGUAUAUCUUAG